AUGUCAUUCGUGGCCGAUCAGGUCCAGCGAAUCGACAGCCAACUCGACCGCCUGCCGCUAACGGCCGGUGUGUCCGUGUCGGCCGCCGCAGCAACAGCAGAAGCCGGCGCGCCACCGGACACGGGCGUCGUGCAUGCGAACCAGGCGCGCAUCUCGCACCUCCAGAGCCUGAUCAAGUCGCUGUCGACAUCGCAAAACAAGAAAUCUCUGCUCUCGCGCGACCGCCUCCGCGUAGUGCUCCAGCAGGCCGGCAUCGCCGAGGACUGCCCCACAUGCCAGCAACACUUCGUGGCCCACAAGCACACCCAUGGCGAUGAUGGAGAAGAGGAGGAGGACGAGGGGGAGCUCCUCCACCGGCACUGGGAGGAGGAGCGGCGGUACUCGGUCACGGACACGGUGGAGCCCAGCUACGAGCACGAGCUGGAGUGGCUGCUGCUGAGCAAGGCGACGGCCCACACCUACGGCCUGGUGCUCAACGCCAUCCUCGAGCAGACGCUGCCGCUGUCGGACGACAUCUGGUACUGGGACGACAUCCUGGGCUCGGCGCGGCACGCGUCCGUCUACUCGGUGCAGACGAGCCCGCUGCGCGUGUGGGCGUGGUCCAAGGCCGUGUGCCAGGACGUGCGGCGCCGCGGCGGCGUCGAGCGCGUCAUGGGCGGCGGCCGCGAGGGCUGGGCCCAGUUCUACGGCCUGGUGCGCGAGGCGGUGCGCGACCGCAGCCUGGCGCAGGUGCAGCGCAAGGUGCUGAGCCCGCUGGCGCUGGUGCGCAACGAGGCGCGCGCGAAGCAGGGCGCGCUCAAGCGCCUGCGCCUGGUCAACGCCAACGCGCUGGGCGUGCUGCUGGGCGAGGGCCUGAGCAACCAGAGCUCGCACGACGAGGGCUUCCGCACGCCGACGACGGCGGCGGGGGCGGCGGCGCAGCAGCCGCAUGGCCACGGCGAGGAUGCGGCGCGGCACCGGUGGAAGAGCGCGGUGACGCGGUCGAUUGCCCUGAUGGACAUUGUGUUGCAGGAGGUCGCGGAUCCGCACGUGGCGGUCGACGACUUCGACGACGCGGUCGCGGCGAGGACGGACCAAGACCGGUAUUAUCAGAUCCUGGAAGAAUCGGAGUACAGCGCCCUGAGCUUGAAUCCGACCAUGGUGGCCGAGCGCCUGACGACGAUCCUGGACACGCAUUUGAGCAGCUAUGAGACCGAGUUGCGGAGCAGGACGAGAGAGCACGGGAGGCCGUCUGGGAUCAUCCGCUACUGGCUGCCUGCGACUGUUCUGCUGGUCUCGUCGACUACUAUCUACCGCAUUGUGAUGGGCAACCGUAAUGAAAUCCUCGCAUCGAUCCGCGAUCUCGGCCGCACGACCAUAGACUUCUUCAACAACUGGAUAAUAGAGCCGUCAAAGAAGAUCGUUGGCACCAUCCGCCACGACGAAGACAGCGAGGUCUCGAUCAUGAGCAAGCGCAGUCUGGAGGGCGACAGGGCCAGUCUGGAACGCAUGGUGGUCGACUUCGCCGUUCAGAACCCGGAGAACGGGAGUCUCAGCGAGCCGCAGAUCGCGGAGAUCCGGCAGCACGUCCGGGAAGGCGAUCUGACACCGGUGCUGAAGGCAUACGAGAAGGACAUGCAGAAGCCCAUUGUUGGCGCCAUCUCGGGCAACCUCAUUCGGACGCUGCUCAUUCAGAUCCAGAAGACAAAGGUGGACGUGGAGGUGGCCAUGUCUGGCAUCGACUCGAUCCUCAAGAGCCAGGAGCUGCUCUUUGGCUUCAUUGGCCUUACGCCUGGCGUCAUGGUGUGCAUCGGCAUCACGAGGUAUCUUCAGAGCACGUUUGGCAGCCGCAAGGGAUUGCGGAAGUCGCAGGUGUCCAGCCACAUCGUGCGUGUGUUCAGGAACAUCGACCGCAUCUUAACAAACGCGCAGCCGACCAAGUACGGCGAGCUCUUCUACAAGGACCACGGAUUGCUUCUUUGUGAGGUGCACGUCCUGCGGCAACUCGCAAGCAGGGUGAUGCCUGGACGCGCGUUCCAUGAUUUCCUCGAGGAGCUAGAGGAUCUGGUGGAUAUCCGCACGGGCGUGGCAAAGCAGCGCAAGGUGGUGAAGCGCAUGCGGUGGGCGUACGCAAAGUGGCUGUGA